AGGAAGGAAAGCCCCCCUCUAUCAACCUCUCCCUCUCUCUCUCUCAGAAAAGCGUUGGGUUUUGAGGAUCCGUUGAUCUCUGUUUUCGGUAAGGAAGAGAAAAAGAAUUAGGAUUAUGGCUGCUGUGAACCAAGAUAACAGUCUAGUAGUGGCCGGAGCCACUGCUCCCUCGAACUCAAAGCAAUCUCGGCCUCGCACCAAGACCCUUGAUUCUCAGUCCGUUCUCAAAAGGCUGCAAUCUGAGUUGAUGGCCUUAAUGAUGAGUGGGGAUUCUGGGAUAUCCGCAUUCCCCGAGGAAGACAACAUUUUCUGCUGGAAAGGGACAAUCAUUGGAAGCAAAGAGACAGUGUUUGAAGGCACAGAAUACAGACUCUCCCUCACCUUUCCCAAUGACUAUCCAUUCAAACCCCCAAAGGUCAAGUUUGAGACUGUCCUCUUUCACCCCAAUGUCGAUCUUGUCGGCAACAUUUGCCUGGAUAUUCUACAGGAUAAAUGGUCAUCUGCUUAUGAUGUGAGAACCGUACUCUUAUCCAUCCAAAGUCUUCUUGGAGAACCAAACAUCAGCUCUCCUUUGAAUGCCCAAGCAGCACAAUUGUGGAGCAACCAAGAAGAAUAUAGGAAGAUGGUGGAGAAGUUGUACAAAGCUCCAAAGGCUUGAUAAUCGGGACGAUGGCGACGAAGUUGUGUUAGAUUAGGGGGGGUUGAGUGAUUAUUAUAGAUACCAAGCCUCUCUAACUUGGAUUGGAUUGGAUCGGAUCGGAUUGGAUCUGAUCGGAUUGGAUUGUGUUCUUGUGUUUCUCUCUAUUGUUUUCCCGAAGAGUAUUUAGCCAAUUGUCAUCAAAACUCAGAGUUCAAAAUUGUUCGUGUUUUUCAUAUUGUUGGAAAUCCUACAUCGGGAGUUUGACAAAACAACUUACAAGUUAUAACUA